UUUCUUUUUUCUCUAGUUUCUUGCUAUGAUUUUUUUUUUUUUGAGAAAGUUAAGAAAAAAUGUCUUCACCAUUAUUAAUUUCUAAUGGAUCUGCCGUAAAAGGUGGCCGGAUUCUGAUCGUCGGAGCGACGGGAUUCAUCGGACAAUUUAUAACACAAGCAAGUCUUGAUGCUAAUAGAAGAACAUAUAUUCUUGUUAUAUCAUUUCCAAAUAAUUUUCAUCCUAAGAUCAAAAUUAUCAAAGAAUUUGAAGAUAAAGGGGCCAUAAUAUUGCACGGUGUUAUAAAUGAUCAAAAAUUCAUGGAGGAGAUACUAAGGAAGCAUGAGAUUGAUAUUGUAAUAUCAGUUGUUGGUGGUGAAAGUAUAGUUGAUCAACUUGUUCUUGUUCAAGCCAUAAAAGUUGUUGGAACUAUCAAGAGAUUUUUGCCAUCAGAUUUUGGACAUGAAGUGGACAGAUCAAAUCCAGUGGAGUUAGGGCUAAAUAUGUAUAAACAAAAGAGAAAAAUUAGAAGAUUUAUAGAGGAAAUGAAAAUACCUUAUACUUAUAUUUGUUGCAAUUCAAUUGCUUCUUGGCCAUAUUAUGACAAUAAACAUCCUUCUCAUGUUCUUCCUCCUCUUGAUCAUUUCCAAAUUUAUGGUGAUGGCAAUCUCAAAGAUAAAAUAAUCCCUAGAAGUGUAGUUGCAUCAUGAAAUUUUUAUAAAGGACUGUCAAAUUGGAUUUUCAAUUGAUGGCAAAAAAGACCUUGAAGUUUGUGAUUUGUACCCAAAUGAGUCCUUUUGCACUAUGGAUGAGUCUUUCAAUGAUUUUUUUAAAAAGAUGGAUCGAGAAAGACUCAUGAAUAUUUGCCCUUGUUUUGAUGUAAUAUUUGUCAUUUUCCUUUGUAUUGAUGAAAAAAAAAGAAGGAAAAAGGACAAAUAUAUAACCCGAACAAUUGUAAAUGACAUGCAGAUACCCUCCGUCUUACUUUUGGUAUAUUGAUGUCCUACUGUCCAAAAACUAAAGCAUAUAUACCCUUUCUAUUGACAGACAUACACGUGUCGACAUUUAUCAAAUAUCAGAUCGACGGAUAAAAUUGUAUCACGUAUCCCUAUUUUGUCUUCCGUUAGAUUGAAGGGCAUAUAUUUCCAAUUUUUGAACGGUGGGGACACCAAUA